UGGCACGAAAGAAGAGGACAAAGAAGAUGAGCAGUCUGGGUGGCCGCGCCUACAACGCGCGCGGUUGGGCUUCGUAGGCCCGCCAGUGGCCGCCGAGCUGGGCCUAAAUUUCCAUCCCAGUUCGCUGCCACUGGGGCCGCCCAAAUCAAGCCGCCGCGCCCCUUAAGAUCAACCCAACGCAGGUACCAACGGAAGCGCCGCGAUCAGCUCCACGUGCACUACGAAGCACCGCGGUUUCCGAGUUUCACGAGCGAACGGAAAAAAAGGUACGUCGUUCGCCUCUCAAACCGGACGAGAGUCCCCUUGUCUAGAAGAUAACGGGGCAAGGCGUGCUCAAGUCGAGCGUCCUCCGCCUGCCCGCACCGGAGGCGACUUGACUUCUGCGAACACUCGAUUCGACAGAGUAGUGUGUGCUCGUUGCAUGAACUGUGUCCCGGUGCAAGGUGUCGCGACGGCAGGGGAACCGUGGCUGAGCAUUCCCGGACUGCUACCCUAGGCCCAGUGGUCUUGAGCGCUCAGACUGUUGUUUCGGUUCGCUUUGAGGUGACCCACAGGCAAGACCGAGCGUCGUCCUAGCGAGAUUGUACCGAGCCACGGUGUUCGCGCACAAACAGCGUCCCGUCAUUGCAUAGGCAAGUUCUCGAGCCGCGCGAUAUGCUCUUAGCGACCUUGCUGUCGACGCUGGUGAUCGUGGUCCUCGUGAACUACUUCUGCCGCAAGCUGCAGAGCAAGCAGGAAGGCGCCGAGUCCCACGACGACGAGCACCAAGGUGCGUGGGCGGCCGUGGCGCGCAGCCGCUCGUCGCCGCUGAAGCCCACGACGACCACGUACACCGUAACCUCGGCGCUCUGUUCUGUUCCCGAGGAGGUCAAGGCCAGGAUGGCGGCACCUAGGAUGGCCACGGGCGACGUGGCUCCCCUCGAGCCGGCGCCGCCGCCGCCCCGGGUGCCGGACCGCGCCGCCGGCCCGGGCUUCGACAAGGACGAGGGCAAGCGGGACCCGGAGGUGCUGAGCCAGGGAGAGGGACUCCAGCAGCAGCCGCCGCACCGAGGCCUGCCGCCCACUCCGGCCAGGGCCUCCCUGCAGAAAUUCGCCUUCCAUUCGCACCUGGCGUCUCUGGACACCGGGACCCGCAAGUGGCUCGUGCAGAAGGUGGUGGGCCUGCAGGCGAUGGCCAGGGGAAUGCUGCUCCGACGCUCGCUGUCCGAGGCGACGCGGCGACGCCAUGCGGCGGCCGCGCGCAUACAGGCCUGGUGGCGCCACCUGCAGUCCCACCGCGUGGACGCCACGGGAGACGCGUUCUUCAGCAAGUACGAGUCGAUGUUGGACGCGCCCAUCUACCGCGUCUACCAGUCCGAGGAGAGCGAGGUCACGUGGUCCGCCGACGAGACUGACAUGCUGCUAGAACACAGCGACGACUCCGGCGCCGAGAGCGAGAUGACGCUCCACCCGUCGCCGGAGCAGCAACGGACGGAGGAGAGCCGCCUCAUGUUCGGCGACCUGAUGGGCGUCACGGGCCAGAGCUCGCCGCUCAAGUUCGCCGACCUCAUGGAGACGAUGAAGGAUCCCCAAGGUUUCGUCAAGAUCGCCGAGGGGACCCACUGCGACCUGUUCCGAGUGCACUCGAGGGAGGGCACGAGCGUGCUCAAGGUGGUCAACCUCGAGUUCAUCGUCAAGUACUGGGACACCCUGUUCGCGGAGGCGGUCAUCAGCUUGGAACUGGCGAAGUUGCGAAAGUCGGGUGACUACCAUGCGGCAGGUUUCUCCGACACGAAACGGAUAUUCUGCGUCCUGGAUCGGUACCCUCGAGAGUUGAUCCAGGCCUGGAAGGACUACACGUCCUGGAAGCGGACCGACCAUCAGCAUGGACCCGGUACGAAGCCGAGCCGAUAG